AUGAGGGUACGCAAAAAACAGAUUCGCAUUCUUCGCAUCAGUAAGGCGGAGAACAGCGACAUGGAGAGUCACAAAACAGAAAGCAGCAGUGCGGAUAAUACAACCAAGGCAGCUGACUCACUGCCGGCGUUGAAACUCUUGUGUUCCAUAUGCAGCGAGUUCUUCCGCGGAAGGGAUAGAAUUUGUAGUAUCAACACCUGUGGCCAUGUGUUCCACCAGAACUGCCUGAGACGCUGGCUCAAGAGAUCCACCACCUGUCCGCAGUGCCGCGCCUCCUGCCACUGGCAGCUCGUCUCCAGACUUCACCUAAACUUUGGUGCCGUCACGGAGCUUUGUGAUAAGGAGUCAACCGAAGCGGAAUCUCAUGAGACGGAUGCCCCUUUUCAGUGGGUGCCCAUGAAUCUGAAUGGGGAUACCAGCACUGAGGAUUCGUAUCUGCCCCCCGAGGGAGCUCUUCAAUGCGCAGUCAGCGACAGAGGGAAUCCCUCGUAUGUGGCACGAACCUAUUUAGAAUACGAUCGCCUGCCUGCUCAUUAUGUGCCCACGGAGAAGGUUGCUCACGGAGGCUGGAACGGCAAAGUCUAUACUUUUACGGAGGGGGUGGAGGUGCUGGUGCUCAAGGACUGCGACUACGAGUGGGUGGCUGGUCGGCAUGGUUCCUAUCCGGAGAAUGCGCUGCCCACGGGCUACGCGCGCUGGGACGAGGUCACCUACACGGGACGCGGUGUGUGCAACACAACCAUGCGGCUUGGCAAGGUCCAUCCCUCCUACAGGGCACUGUUCAUACCAAUCUGGAGUAGGGAGUUUGGCGUCAGUUCCUACGAGGUCCUGGUGCUCACUCCACGCAAUCAGCCUGACCAAUGA